GUCGCGAACUGUCGUUUCGUGCGGACGGGAAAAUCAAGUGCGGUUACCCGGUACCCGGAAAAGAAGGUUUUCUCUCUUUGGAUUUUUUGGAUUCUACAACUAUAACUAUUCACAUCGAACAGACCACCAGUUCCUGUGACUCAGUUCGAGGAUUAUCGAAGGAUUAGGCUCAGAGGAUUAGCAGCUGAAUCUCAUUAAUUAAUGGAUUACUUGGCGAAAGUCAAUGGUGUUGAGAGUGAUUAAUCGGCCUGUUGGUGUUUGCCGGAUAAAUGGAUGAUUGGAGUGAUUGGUGAUGGAUACCAUGCGUCUCCUUCGUGCUUGAUAUGGUCAUGGUUUUGCCCUAAUGGAAUUUUAUGUAGUCGUGGUCGGCGUUUAGUCUGCAAAGCGCGGCAAGUUAGUGGAGUGGAAAAUCGUUUAGCACAGCGAGCGCAAAUGCCUCAUGCAUUUAUGUGUUUCGUUUUUCCAAGGCUAAUACUGUAGAAUAAACAAGUGAAACCGAAUACAUAAGUAAUUAGGCACCUGUUGUUGGGCCAUUUUCAACGGGUGCUGAUAUAAAAGAAACAAACGGUGCAAGUGAGAACAGAUCUGAACGUGAAGUGUGCCGGAGAAAGUUCUAGCUCUUAGUGUGAAAGCAAAUAAGAACUUCGGUGAGAUGACUAGGACCAACGUUAGAUCUCAUUAAGGAUAUAAUUUGCGGAGCUCGGUAACGAGCGUGCACCAUCGAGAGUCCAAAGCCGGAGUACUCGCACUUGACACGUUGCCCGGAAUAUAGUGCACUAGAGGCUUCAACUGAAUCCCUUCUUAUGGUCGCCAGGAUAUUGCAGGACAACGACGGCAUCGCACCAAACAACAUCCGUCGUCCUGGCAUUGUGAGUGCUGAUGCCUUAUAGUUCCAAAGUGUGCGCUCAUAAAUGUAUUCCACCACCGUCUUGACGUAUGGCUAUGUACUACUAUGCAAGCAAAUUAUCAGCAGCAGCAUGUGGCACUCGUUGCCGUCAGGGAUUAACCAGAAGGCAGCGCAAUCGUAACGCAAGUCGCAACCAGCAGCGAGUUGACAAGAAGGACGACGAUGAAGAUUCCGACGAUAAUAACAAAGAUAAAAAGGCAUUGUCAUCGGUUUUGUACGACGCAACGGACGACACAAUCGUGAUAUCGGUGAAAUCAUCGGAACAACCAGAUGUAUGUUGUGAAAGCACGCCCACGUUUACGCAUACGGCCCUCGGAUCGGGAGGAGUGAUGUACGGAAACGGUAACAUAGUGUCCGGUCCGUUGGAGUCUCUCAUCGAACUGCUGAUGCCUACCAACAGCGAAGAGUUGGAUCAGGAAUAUGUUUUCUCCUUCCUGCUGUCGUGUCGAUUUUUCAUCCGAACGUAUGAGCUGUUGGGUAAACUGCUGGAAACGAUACCGGAACCUGAACCAGUGGACCGUUUCGUGCCGCUGCUUGCCGUGUGGACCAAGAUGUUCCCGUACGAUUUCCGCGAUGAACGCAUGAUGAACCACGUUAAACAUAUCGUAGCUAGAUGCGCAGACACCAAAUUAGCCAAUGUGGUAUCUGAUCUACUAUGUGCCUUGUUAGUCCGGCUAACUGAACUCGAAAAACACGAAGAGGAACUCAAAAGCUAUCAAUCAACUGUUGACAAUAAGACUGAAUCAAUAAAGUGGCCAAACGCUUCGCAAUUAGCACAAGUUUUAUGCAGAAUUGAGCGCAAUUUAGCAAAACACGUCGGACCAGAGGAGUUUGUCCAGUGCAGUGCCAAUCUACUGAAGGAUCCUAAUCGGGAAGAUUUUACUCCCAAACCAGUCGGUUUCUGCAGCUUAUCCGGAGGGGCAUCACUGGACCCCAAGCGGACGUGCAAUUUGGAGAGCUAUCUCGAGUGGUCCGCCCGGCUAAGGAUGCUUGUGGCCAACGAAAUUUUGAAGUGCCAAAACAUACAGGACCGCAACAAAACGGUGGAGCUGUGGAGUGGUGCAGCCCAGUACUGCCUCCUGGUGGGAAACUAUAACAGCGCCACGGCCAUCCUGGAAUCGCUGGAUAUGCCGCCCAUCGCCAGAUUACAAAUCACGUGGAGUAAGCUUUCGACGACAACGAGUCAACAAUUGGACUGUAUGCAACGUCACGCGGAAGGCUGUGGAAAUUUAUGGAGCAAACAAACAGAAACGAGCUCCAAUGGUGGCAGCAAUGGCGGGGACAAAAAGCGAAAACCUUCGUCGACAUCAGUGGCAGUCACUUCCUCUGCCGCCGCCGCCGCAUCAUCAUCAUCGUCAUCGUCAUCCUGCGUCUCCAGGCCAAAGUCCACCGAAUGGGUUGUCGUUCCGGUUUUUGUGGACAUCGUCAAACUAGCUUUGAAAUCCAGAGAAGAUUGCUGUGUUAGGCUCCCAAACGGUCACAUAAAUAUGACAGCGUUCGAUCGGUUGGCGGCCAUCGCAGGUGCAUUCACGAGACACAUGUGCCAAGUCAAUCAAACACUGCCGGACGUUGGAGAGUUUGCGAAUCUCUGUCGACACAUGCAGUCGUGCAAACUGCAGAACGAAUCAGAACUUAUGCUGGCUUCGUUUAGCUGCGAGGAACCCACAAUAGCCGAGAAGGAACUGUACGAUAUUACAUAGCAGCAAUGCGGCCACCGUCAUCGCCAUUUCUGCCACUGGAUUAGCUGGAUAGCGAUCGAGCUCGUAAUGGACAAUUAUUUGCAUACGCAGGAGGAGAGGCAUUCCACCCCUGAUACCGAUAACGCUGAAGAUGGCAUCCAAAGAAUGUGGCCUCUGCUCUUGACGGCAGCAGCACUUGUGGACUUGUUGACCCUGUAUAUCUAUGGUACAAGCCACCAAUCACAGAAACGUUCGGCAUGCCUCCGAGCAAGAAUUGAUUGGAAUAACAAUUUUAAUAUUCAAAUAUUAUAAUAUCGACGCAGAGCAGAAGGAACAUUCCCGAACGAAUCCUGACCCUGUUAGCUGUUACAAAACUACAACGACACAACGCUAUAGAUAAAUGUAUGGGGAAGCGACGAAAUGUGCAUAAAUGGUAGUAAAAGAUAUGCCGUUAUAAAUCCAUUGAACUGAGUGUGAUUAGAUUGUAACAAUCCUAGGAAAUUCCUAUAAUAGAAAUUUAGUUUCCUUAACAAAGUGAUUGCAGAGAAUGCUAAAAAUAACUUUCCUAUCGUCUUAGGGCACCUAAUGGUUUAUUUUAAUAUUUUUCAUGAAAAUUGUAGGCAAUUUUAUUUUUAAGAAAGCAUCGACGACCAGAAGAAGUAGUGUAGUAAUAAAUCAGUUAUGAAAUGGAUUGAAUUGUAACAAGUGGAAUUUGAGGUGCAAAUGAAAUAAAUCAUCAUUACUUGUAA